CGUAUAUAAAGGGGCGGCAACAGAUGGUAGCUUGGCUAGCAGAGCUGACGGUUUCUCGCCGAGUCUGUUUGUUCCACUUUCCGAGUCCGCAAAUCACUCUUCCGUCCAAGAGUCCCCGCCUAUUCACGGAUCUUGUCCCCCAAAGCACACGCGCCCUCGCAACGAUGAAGGUCCUCGCCAUCCUGACCCUCGCCGGCGCCGCGGCCGCGGCCGCCAUCACCGCCCCCAACACCGACAGGAGGGACGCCGAGGUCGAGGCCCGGGAGCCGACCAUCAGCUUCCUCGACUCGGUGCACUACAAGCGCGAGGCCAAGGCUGAGCCCGAGGCCGAGCCAGCCAUCCUCUUCAACGAGUCGGUGCACUACAAGCGGGACGACCAGUGUGCCGACCUCGACGUGGCCGCCGCCCCGGCUACCAAGCGCGAGGCCGACCCGGUCCUGGGCCUGCUCGACAGGCUGAACAUCAAGCACAGCAAGAGGGAGGCCGAGGCCGAGCCCGCCAUCAGAUUCCCCGACUCGACCCACUACAGGAAGUACUAGAGGUCGGGGUGUGCCGAGGCUGGUUUGGGGCGCGACGCUGAUGAGACGCGAGGCGUGGCGCGAUGAGUGUUGGUGAUGGGGAUUGAGGAGAGCAGACGAGUAUCGAAGCACGAUUUUAUGUUAAUUAGACCAACGUCAGGAAUUGGAUUUUGUGAAUCAGACCGACUCUUGAGCAAGCAUGGCG